CCUCAUCAAAUUAUAAAGACAAACAUGGCUUCUAUUUCUAUCCUUCAUUUUCUCUUUUGCUUUUUUCUUUUAGUACUCUCAUCUGAGUCUACUACACAAACCCAAUCUCACUCUCAAUCACAACAGAAUUCCAAUUCAAAACCAAAUCUGUUGGUUCUACCAGUUCAACAAGAUGCUAAUACUGGGCUUCAUUGGGCCUACAUUCACAAAAGAACCCCUUUAAUGCAACUCCCAGUUCUCAUUGACCUAAACGGUAAACACUUAUGGGUCAACUGUGAACAACACUACUCAUCCUCAACCUAUCAAGCACCCUUUUGUCAUUCCACACAAUGCGCACGAGCCAACACUCACACGUGCCACACGUGCGUCUCUUCUUUCCGACCCGGUUGCCAUAACAACACGUGUGGACUCAUGUCCGCUAACCCCGUCACUCAACAAACCGCAUUGGGCGAACUGGCCCAAGACGUUUUCGCUAUUUACACCACCCGUGGGCCUAAACUCGGCCCAAUGGUUACCGUCCCUCAAUUCCUCUUCUCUUGUGCACCUUCCUUUUUGGCCCAAAAAGGUUUACCCAACAACGUUCAAGGAGUUGCUGGGCUGGCCCAUUCACCUAUUUCACUACCAAAUCAACUCUCUUCACACUUUGGACUAAAACACCAAUUCACAACGUGCCUAUCUCGUUACCCUAAAUCAAACGGAGCAAUAAUAUUCGGUGAUGCAGCAAACAACAUGCGUUUUGGUAAUAACCGUAAUUACAAAAAUAACCCUAAUAUUCUGAAUAAUUUAAUUUACACCCCAUUAACAAUUACUCCAGAAGGAGAAUACCGAAUGCAUGUAACUUCGAUACAAAUAAAUGAACACACAGUGGUUCCAGUGAGUGGAUCUAUGUUAUCAUCAUAUCCAGAAGGUGUAAUUGGAGGAACACUGAUAAGCACUUCAAUUCCUUACACAACUCUGCAAGACUCUCUGUUUGAGACAUUUGUUCAAGUAUUUGCCAAACAGUUUCCAAAAGAAGCACAAGUGAAUGCGGUGGGGCCAUUUGGAUUGUGUUUUGAUUCGAAGAGAAUUAAUAAAGCAGUUAAUGUUGAGUUUGUGUUGGAUAGGAGUGAUGUUGUUUGGAGAAUUUCAGGUGAGAAUUUGAUGGUUGAGGCAAAGAGUGGGAUUUCAUGUUUGGGAAUAGUGAAUGGUGGAUUGAAACCUAAAGCUACGAUUUCUAUUGGGAGUCGUCAAUUGGAAGAGAAUUUGUUGUUGUUUGAUCUUGUUGAGUCGAAGCUUGGGUUUAGUAACUCGUUGAGCUCACGUGGAAUCAAGUGUUCUGAUCUGUUCGACUUCAACAAUAAUGCGUAGAUAAUAUAUAGUUUUGAUCAAUGAUCAAACUAUGUGUGUCAGAGACGUUUUAGAUAUGAGUUUCUGUGUAUGCUUAAUUAUUAAGUAAGCAUCUACUUCUUCUUGUUUUUGUUAUGCUUAAUAAACUACUCAUCAUCUUCAAUGAUCAAUAAUAAAGACGCUACUUGUCUUUUUAAACUUAAACACACAUAUUUGUUC